AGCAGGAAGGAGGAAGAAAGGAAGGUGGGUUCACAAAUCUGACGCAGUGUGGACGGGCGUCGCUGCCGCUUCAUUUCCACUCCCCACGGCCACGAACACGCACGGAAGGCUGCAGCUCUGAACGACAAAAACGCACAGACCUACACCCGGUCAGAGGGCUUCGGAGGAGCGGAUCCUGCGGCGAUGAGGACACCCUCGAAGCGGAGAGUGCACCCACGGCUCCGGGCCACUCGUCCGGGAUUAGAGUCGCUGUAAUCGCGGUCGGUUUGUUUUCAUUGUGUGGUGAGUGGCGCAGGAGAAGAGGAUGAGUGGAGCGCCGCCGCGGCCAGGUCCAGUCUUAUUACGAUUAAAAUGCGUGGUUAUUUCCCGGCAUACACUGGCUUUUCUCUCCCCGCUGACGAAGGGCUGGUUGUGGCCGUAUGCGCUUCUUUACGCAGGACUCGGAUCAGCAUGCUGCCCGCACAGCAUCCAUGAAAACUCUCAAUGAAAACAAGGAGGAGGGGUCUGGCUGCAACGCCAUGGAGGACAAGGAGAACAACCUCAAAACGGCCAGGUUGUGGAGGGAUGCUGCCCUCCGAUCGAGGAAGCUGCGGAGCAACCUGCGCCAGCUUACCCUCUGCUCCAAAAACAACCAGAAGAUAAUACUGCCCGAUGAUAUAGAUGAGAUAGAGGUGCUCAAUCUCGGCAACAAUUCCCUCCAGGAGCUGCCAGAGGGGCUGGGAUCCACCCUCAAUAACCUGCGAAUUCUUAUCCUCCGGAGGAACAAGUUCACAGCUGUCCCUGGUGUUGUUUUUGAGCUUGGCCAACUAGCGGAGCUCGACAUGAGCCACAACUGCCUGAGAGGCCUGUCUGAGGAUGUGGGUCAGCUGAAAGGACUGAAAAAGCUAUGCAUCAGUCAUAACAAAAUCCAACAUUUGCCAUCACAAAUUGGAACCCUGAAGUUUUUGGAGGAACUUGACAUCAGCUUUAAUGAUUUGCGAGAUUUGCCCAAGUCUUUCUCCAACCUCACCAAGCUGCGCACACUGGAUGCAGAUCACAACAAGCUGAACCAAUUUCCCACUGAAAUCCUGGCGCUCAGUGACUUGGAGGAACUAGACUGCUCCGGGAACAAGUUUGAGGUAUUACCAGCAGACAUAAUGAAGCUGCAGUCCAUUAAAAUCUUUUGGCUUAGUAGUCUUCAUAUUUCCACAUUACCUGACACUUUCUGUCACCUGCACAAUCUUGAGAGCCUAAUGUUGGACGGAAACAACCUCCACACGCUGCCUCCCUCUUUUGGUAACCUGCAAAAGCUGAAAAUGUUGAACCUGUCCUCCAAUGAUUUUGAGCACUUUCCACAAGUUAUUUUAAACAUCACAGGAUUAGAAGAAAUCUACCUGAGCAGGAAUAAACUGACUUGUAUACCUGCGGAAAUUGGACAGCUGGUGAACUUGGCAAACCUUUGGCUGGACAAUAACAACAUUACAUAUCUGCCAGAUUCUAUUGUGGAGCUGGAGAAAUUGGAGGAGCUCGUUAUACAGGGUAACCAAAUAGCCAUACUUCCAGAUAAUUUUGGAAAGCUGUCCCAGGUGAACAUUUGGAAGGUCAAGGAUAACCCUCUCAUUCAGCCUCCCUAUGAGGUGUGUAUGAAGGGGAUACCCUACAUCGCUGCCUAUCAAAAGGAACUUGCACAUUCCCAGCUUGCUGUGAAGCCAAGACUGAAGCUUGUCUUGAUGGGAAUGAAAAAUGCUGGGAAAACACUCCUGAGACAGAGUGUAGUAAACAAACAGCAGGAUACUAAAGAUACCCAGGGAAACAAAGGAAUUGAAGUCACUAACUGGGUAGCAGACGCUGAUCAUAGUCUUACAUUUUUAGUGUAUGAUUUGUCAGGGAAGCAAAACUAUGACCUCAUCAAACCCUUUUUUCUGUCACCCGGUGCUCUGUACAUUCUGGUUGUGAACCUGAAGACAUACACACCGAAGAACUUUUAUGCCCAUGUUGGGUAUUUUCUUCACCUCCUCAGUGCCAAAGUUCCCCAUGCUGUCGUGUGCUUGGUGGGCACGCACGCAGACCUGUGUGCAGACAUGGAGGUGGAGGAGAAAAGUCUGGACAUCCAUAGGCAGAUUGGCCUGCAGGAAAAGAGAGACAUUCAGUGCCUGAGGAGCCUCACUCAGCAGGUGGACCAGGCCCUGGAGCAGGGCUACAAUGUUCGCUCCUUCAGUCCUCACAUCCUUUUCUAUGGCGUCUCUGACAGAAACUUGAGACGUAAGAAAGCCCAGCUGCAGUACAUGCUAAACCACAGGCUGCAAAUAUUGUCUCCAGUUCUGUGUGUCAGUUGUACUGAGACACAGAGGAACAUCCAGAGGCUGAGGGAGAAGCUCAUGUCUGUUGCUGAUCACAGGGAGAUCUUUCCCAACCUCCAUCGCGUGCUGCCCAAAUCCUGGCAGAUGCUGGAGGAGUUGCACUUUAAGCCCAAAAACCUGUGGCUCUCUUGGUGGGACUCCGCCCGUUUGGGCCUCCAGGCUGGUCUCACAGAGGACCGCUUGCAGAGCGCUUUAUCCUACCUACAUGAGAGUGGAAAACUGCUCUACUUUGAGGACAGUCUCACCCUUAAGGAGUAUGUUUUUCACAAUCUUCCACGAUUCAUUGCAAUUCUCAACGUCUUCUUCCAGAGGGAUGAAACAACACUUUUGGACAGACUUUUGUCUGAGGGAGAAAGGGGGGACAAGGGGAGGGUGAGUCUGGUUAUAGAGGACGAGAAGGGAGAGAACCUCAGGGUCACACAUCUGCAGCAUCACGUGGAGGGCUUUCUUCAACACGGCCUUUUGCCCUCCAAUGUCAUACGUCUACUCCUGAGGCCGCUCAUCCAAACCCAACAAGACCUUCAUCUCAUCAUGGAGCUUCUGGAGAAAAUGGGAAUCUGCUACUGUAUCAACAAACCCCGUAGCAAACCUCUAAAUGGAGCCACAGUGUGGUACAAGUUCCCCAGCUACGUCAGCAACGAAGAACCCCAUGCAGAGGCCUCAGCUAGUGGGAGCUCCCUGCCUCUGUGUCAGUUCUUCUCUUUGGAGCAGCUGCACAUCCAGUACAGCUUCCCUUUUUUCUUCCCUCCUGGACUGUUUGCACGAUUCAGCGUGCAGAUUAACAGCCAUGUAGUUCAGAGGUCAGAUGGCAGGCAUCAGAUCUUUGCUUAUCGUGGUAAAGUCCCUGUGGUAAUCAGCCACCGGCCUUCGAAGGGAAAACUGCAGACAGACACCCUGUCCAUAGCCAGCCACGCUUCCCUACCAAAUAUCUGGACUGCAUGGCAAGCCAUCACACCCCUUGUUGAAGAGCUGAAUAUGCUGCUUCAAGAGUGGCCUGGACUUCACUACUCGGUACAUAUUCUGUGCUCCAAGUGCCUCAAAAGAGGGUCAGCCAACCCACAUGCCUUUCCAGGUGAGCUGCUCAGCCAGCCGCGACCCGAGGGCCUCACCGAGAUCAUCUGUCCAAAGAACGGCACAGAGCGGGUGAACGUAGCGCUCGUGUACCCUCCGACACCCACCGUGGUUAGCCCCGGUCUGAAAUGACCCCGGGGCUCCACCGCUGGCCUCGUUCCUCUGACUGCAUCCCCCAGGCCAGCUCCACGUUGGACCCACUCAUCUAUGCCUCCCACAUCUCUGUGACACCUGUAGCCUGCUUCCUGUCCUUAUACAGCAUCAUUUUGACCUCCAGUGGAAAGUGGCGGAGUGGAUCGAUGUCGGAUAUGCCGUUCUGCCCUUCCUGUGAUGUCUCAGCAUAUUGAUGUGAACAGUAUUUAAGGAGCUUGGAUUAGCACAAACAUCAGCUGUAUACUUCCAGACAGUAGCACCAAGUCCAGCGAGGCUGUGAUGUGUCCUCCUUGUCUAUUUUCGGCCUAUGGUUUGCAAGAUUCUCAACACUUCUUCAUAAAUAUCUGCUGACAUGCACUCACAGUCUGGCCCAUCUAAUAUUGGACAUUGACAGGAAGUGUUCACUAAAAGAUAUUUUAAUAGAGGAACUUGCAAACGUUAGGCCAAAUUUUGCUAAGCCUUCCAGAGACACACAAAGGACUCUGAUCAGGGGAGAAGAUUUUUACUGGACUGCAAUAUUCUAAUGUUUUACACUUUUGAUGCAAUUUUUCUUUUUUUCUGUGCAGCAUGACACUGAGAGCAGGACAGCAUGGAUACAUGCUGAUGGUGGUUAUUAAAUGUGUAAAUAUCUCUGUCUGCCUACUUUUUCAGGCAAAAUGAAAUGGAUUGUUAUGGGAGGAAUAUGAGAUGGUGUCUGUUAUUUAUGUCUACAUAUCCACCAUUGUGGGAUCAACACUAACCUGACAGAAUCUACCACUCCACUCCUCCCUGUACAGAUUAUUUAGCAUGAAAUGAUGUGCAGUGACGGCGAUGUAAAGUCAGUGGAAUACCUGUUAUGCCAAGGUGUGGUCAGUUGGAUUUGUACAGAUAUUUAUCUACAUGGACUCCUCUGACCUAAACCACGUGUAGGAUGUAAGUUCAUCCUCUGUUAAGUAUUCAAGGGUUGUCUUGAAUUUGUCCAAAAAUGGUCACUUAAUAUAAAUAAAUUGGAUGUGAUGAGUAUGUGUAAAUGGAAAGAGAAAGGACUUCCUCGAGUGUCAGGUGAUAUAUCUGUGGUCUGUUUUUUUCCACUGGUAGAGAACAUACUGAACUACAUAAACAUACUGAGGGAGUUGUGUCCUUCUCAUGUAAAUAAUAUCUUUAUUUUUGUAUGUUGACACAGGAUGUCACUACUCUAGCUUUGACAUUAUUUACAGUGCAAUGCUGUGCAUGACUCACCUGGCCAAUGUGAGAGUGCACAGACAGUUUUAUAUGUAGCUGGUUGGAACAUCUCACCGUACAACAUGAAAUACCAAAUACAAAUAAACCAAUUUACUGGCUUUAGUACCA